GCGGAAUUUAGCGUAAGCACAACUGAUGCUUCAAAUCCAGCAUGGGUGACUGUCGAUAUCACAUCACAAUGCUUGUCACACAUGAAGAGGAGGAUGCCAUCCGAUCAUUGUUCAAACAAAACAACUAUACCUGCUUGCUUCAUGUUUUAUCAGAUGAAACAGUUGUAGACAUAUUCCAGUGUGGCUUCACAGAUGUGUUCCCAGCUCCUCCACAAGAUCAAGAUAACUUACAUGGUAAGCUUCAAGACGUAACGGUGGUAAAAUCCGAAAUUAUUACUGUGGACAUGGACAGUACUGCACCAGUUAAACAGAGACUGAGAACAGAAACCACAAAAGUCAUGGAUACUGAAGAACCAGAUAAUGCAGAUGAAUUGGAUGUUUCAGAGGACACAGAUACUGCAGAUGAACUAGAUAUAGAAGAAAUAACAGAUGCUGCACAUGAUACUGAUGUUGAACAUGAUUCGGAUGUUACAGACAACACUGAUACAGCUAGUGAAUCAUAUGUGGACCUAAAAGGUCAUAAAACAGAAGUGAAACAACAGAAACGACAAAAGAAGACAAAAAGGAAACAGGCAGAUGAGCUUAAACAAAAUGGUCAGUGGAAAUGUGAUGCUUGUGGGAACUUCUACAGUGAUCGGAGACGUCUUAGAAGACAUUAUUACUCAGCUCAUAGAGACCUUAUGCCAAAACCAUCAUGUCCAGUUUGUAAUGAAGAGUUUGAGACUCGUGCAGAGAUGUUCAAACACAAAAAAGAAAAGCAGCACAAUACCAGUAUUUGGAUGUUAAAAGACUACUAUUGUGAUGCAUGUGGAAAACAUCUGUCAAGAUAUGACUCUUUAUUGAAACAUAAACGAUUUACCUGUGGUAAAGAAGAGGACGAGGAUCGGAAUUAUCCAUGUGAUUUGUGCGGAAAACUUUUCAAAGAAGCGCAUUAUGUUGAAGCUCAUAAGGAAAGAAUUCACUUUAAAGUUGAGAAAGUGUGCGAUGUUUGUGGAAAGGUUUGUAUCGACGAUAGAGCUCUUAAGUGCCACAGAAAACGUCAUGAUAUAAAAAAUAAAACAUAUAAAUGUACUUAUUGCGAGAAAACUUUCUUCACUGCUGGAAAUCUGAAUCAGCAUGUUCGGACACAUACCAAGGAGAAACCAUAUAAAUGUCCCUUGUGUAAUUACACAAGUGGUGUCAUGGGAAAUGUACGGAAACACGCAAUUAACGUGCAUAAACAAAAACUGACUGCUAUCGAUCUAAGAAAAGCGAAGAAAACUUCAGAACAUGAACAGCAAGCAUAAACAGCUUCUUGAAAACUGAUAUUUAUACCGACAAAUGUAAUAGUAAUGCACCAUUUUUUAUAGAAAAGAUAAAUUUUGAAAGUGA